GGAGGGCGCGGACCGAGCCGAGAGCCCCGGCCGGCCGCGGCGUUCGUUCCUUUCGUGCCGCUUCGUGGUGGCGCGGCGCCCACCACCCACCACCUCACCCCACCACCUGUAGCAAUAGCACGACCCCCUCCAGCGCGGCCGGUGCCGACGACAGCGACAGCCUAUCCCCACAACCCUAAGUGCGCUCUGCUCCUCCACCACCUCCGCCGCCGGCUGCGGUCUGUUCCGGCGCGGCGGACGGCUGUAGGAGCAAGCCGGAGGGGUCGGCGAUGAGCUUCGCGGAUCUGGAGGCGGGGGCGCUCAGGGCGCCCGUGGGGAGGAAGGCGAGAGGGGGCCCCAACGACGCGCGCGGGCUCGUCUUCCAGAUCACCACCGCCGUGGCCUCCUACCGCCGCCUCCUCAACUCGCUCGGCACGCCCAAGGACACCCCGACCCUUCGUGAUCAACUGCACAAGACCAGUCAGAACAUUCUUCAAUUGGCAAAGGAUGCGAAAGAUAAGCUCCAAAAGGCUGCUGAAGCAGACAAGAGCAUUGAUACUAGUGCAGACAAGAGGGUAGCUGAUAUGAAGCUUGCUAAAGAUUUUGGUGCCACAAUGGAGGAGUUCAGGAAGCUUCAAAAUCUUGCAAUUCAGAGGGAGAUGGCAUAUAAGCCAGUUGUUCCGCAGAAUGCUCAGUCAAACUAUACGACAGAUGACAGAAGCGCUGAAUCUGGUAAUAUGCCUGAGCAGCGUGCACUACUUGUUGAAUCAAAAAGGCAAGAGGUGUUGCAAUUGGAUAAUGAGAUUGUUUUCAAUGAAGCUCUCAUCGAGGAAAGAGAACAAGCCAUUCAAGAGAUCCAACAACAGAUCGGUGAAGUACAUGAAGUGUUCAAGGAUCUUGCUACACUCGUACAUGCCCAAGGAGUUAUAAUUGAGGAAAUCGACAUGAACAUUGAAAAUUCUGCCGAGGCAACCAAAGAGGCAAAGAGAGAAGUCGCGAAAGCAGACAAAACUCAGAAAUCAAAUUCCUCCCUGCUUUGCUUGCUUAUGGUCAUCUUUGGGGUCGUGCUGCUUGUUGUGAUAAUAGUUCUGGCAUCUUGAGACAGGCAAUCUUUCAUCUUACCAAGCUAUUCUGUGGAGUUCAGUAUUGAAGGCUGCAUCUCUGAAAAUGUUCUUGUCUAACCAGCAUCAUGUUUUGUGCAAAAAAAUAUAGCCAGUGGAUUUUAGAAAUCUCUUUUACGUUUCAUGUUUUGUGAGUGCACGUUUCUUUGUCAUGCGUGAGUCCUUUUUUAAUGGCUUGCCUUGAGUGAACAGUGAUGCUCUUUUGUUUCCUCGGGUUUCGGAAGUUCGCUUGGGUGUGAUUCUGCAACUCUGUAAGUAUCGGCGUCGAAUAAAGAGAGAUGAUACCGUGAUACUAAUUUUGUUUCUUGGAUAAAAAAAGGUGACUGGAAA